AUGUCGUCCUUCUGGCACGGCGAGGUUGUAAUCGAAGGUGAGGAGGGAAAGAUGAAGGAGAAGAAGAGGAAAAGGGAAGAGCUUGAGAAAGAGUGGGAGGAGAAGAAGUAUGGUGUGGUGGUGGAAGGAGAGGAAGAUGAAAAGGAAAGGUUUGGGAAUAAAACUCUUGAGAGCAAGAGGAAGAUGAUAUAUAACCCAGCUGAUAUGUUGGUUUCAAAGGAAGGUUAUGAUGACGAGGAUAAGCUUUUGAGGACUAUUUUAGUUGGGAAUUUGCCUCUCAAGUUGAAAAAGAAGACUUUGUUGAAGGAGUUUAAGAAAUUUGGUGAGGUUGAGUCUCUGGUGACUCGUUCUGUUCCAAUACAAGAUACCAAAAAACCUAGGAAGGGAGCCAUCCAUUCGAAGAAAAUAAAUGAUUCCGCUGAUAGUGUUCACGCAUACAUUGUUUUCAAGACAGAGGAAUCUGCUCAGGCUUCUUUGUCCCACAACAUGACUGUGGUUGAAGGAAAUCACAUUCGUGUUGAUAGGGCUUGCCCACCCCGCAAGAAACAUAAAGUGAAGAUUGCUUCGCUUUAUGAUAACAAGAGAACUGUUUUUGUGGGCAACCUCCCAUUUGAUGUUAAGGAUGAAGAACUAUAUCAGUUAUUUUGUGGUAUAUCCAACCUGGAAUCAAGUAUAGAAGCUGUUAGAGUCAUUAGAGAUCCUCAUCUUAAUGUUGGAAAGGGUAUUGCCUAUGUGCUGUUUAAAACAAGGGAAGCUGCUAAUUUUGUUGUUAAGAAACGGAGCUUGAAGCUUCGAGACCGAGAGUUGAGAAUCUGUCAUGCCAAAGCGGAUGGCACCCCAUCUAAAAGGCCAAACCCAUCACCAGCUCCUAGUACCCCUGCAAAGAAGUUGGCUGUGGCUUCACGAUCUCCCUCAAAGCGCAUGAUGAAAAGGGCAGCAGUAGCUGCGAAAAAGGCUAAAGCAAAAUUGUUCAAGGAUGGUGGUACACCAAAACAAGCAGGGGUAAAACGCAAGCUUGAUAGUCGUACUCCAGAUAGCUCCCUACGAAAUAAGAAGGGUGGUACACCAAAACAAGCAGGGGUAAAACGCAAGCUUGAUAGUCGUACUCCAGAUAGCUCCCUACGAAGUAAGAAGGCCAAGAAGAAUAACAGAUAGCGUGUUCCUAAUGGUAUCAGGGAUUAGAUUAUCAGAGGAAAGAGAACAAGACUAGAUUAUACCCAGUGCAAACCACAUUGUAGAUAUAUUUUUUGUUUUGACCAUUUGGGAGCUUCCUUAAUGCCAGACCGAUUAGCUGACAUGGACUCUGCUAGCCCUAACCAGUUUCAAAACGUUUUAAAAAAUAGAAAUAAAAUAAAAAAUUGAACAGAGAAAGAGAGAGAACCCUAAUCUAAUCAGAAAAUUGGGGAUUCAAGUGUUUGCAAUGCAACAGUCUCUCUUUCUUCUGCACACCGAAUUGCAUCUUCUUCAGUGAUCCAUCUGUGCUUCUUUCUUCAGCUGCUGGGAUUUGUCUAUGGAGUGAAGACAAUCAAAUGAAGAUUUUGAAACUGUUACAUGGUUGUUUCAAACAUGGCUGGCAUGUAUAUCUGGACAAACUCGAAAUGCCAUAUAAAGCAAUAAAAACUGCUAAUUG